GCAGUAGUAGUAGUAUCAGUAGCAGUGAUAGCGAUGUGACGAAAGGCACAAACCAAAACAAAGGAGGCUGGGAAAGAGGAGUAGAGUCAGCACCUCUCAUUAUAUCAGCCCUUUGCCGCUCUUCUGUGCCUUCUUCUUCACUCCACGUCGAGCUGGGGCCUUUACCACUACCAUGUGCCCGGACACCCUGCCCCAGGGCCGCCACGACGCCGUCCUUGGAGAGAUAAUGGAGCAGGAAGGCAAUGAUGUGCGGGCCUUCUUGAAUGUUGUCUUCGGGUUCCUCUCUCGCCGCUGCCCAGAAGAAGUGUUUGGCAGUGGUGGUGGUGGUGGUGGGCACAUCGCAGGGCAGCACCUGGUGAAUCAGUCCUUCUGCCGGUGGAGACAGCAAUACCAGGAGCAGAGGGCAGAGGAGGAGCUACAGAAGGUUAUGCUUAGGGAGAAAGAGGGUGUUCCAGAGCCAGCAGUUGAAGAGGUGGUCAGUACCAGCAACCACAUGGUAGAAGGAGUGGAGGAGAGCAGCACAUCAGGAAGUAGCCCACUCCACUCCACCAGCCCUGGCCAGCCCAUGUCCACACACAGACACAGGGGAGAUGCGGGGAGCAAGGCCGGCAGCUGUGGGUACCUGGAUACCACCAAUGGGGCGGUGCUGGAUGGCCUGGCAUGGACCCAGAGCAUAGAUGACCUGGAGGUGCAGGUGGUGGUGCCUUCUGGUGUGACACGUGGCAAGCAGGUGAGGGUGGCAGUGAAGCAGAGCAGCCUGGCAGUGUCUGUGCAGGAUGGAGGGUCAGCCUGGCGCACCCUACUGGACGGCACCCUGGCACACCCUGUGAGGGCUGAAGAGUGCCUGUGGUCACUAGUGUCUGCAGAACAUGUGGCGAUCCACUUGGAGAAGAUUGAGGAGUGUUGGUGGGACCGUUUGCUGACCCAACACAAUCCAAUUGACCUGCAGAAGAUCAGUGCAGAGAGGGAGUAUGGAUCACUGCCAGAGGAGGACAGGAGCAAGAUACAGGAGAUGAUGUGGAGCAGGUGGCAGAAGGAUCAGGGGAAGCCCACCUCGGACCAGCUGCGGAUGGAGUCUGUGCUGCGCGAGGCGUGGACAGCGGAGGGCUCACCUUUCCAGGGGCAGCCCUUUGAUCCGUCAUCUGUCACCGUGGUGGGGGGGCAAGGCUUCGGCGCCUCUUGAAUGGGGCGGCGCAGUUGACUCUCUCUCUUUGUGUAGUAGGAGUUUUAAAUAAAGGUAGCUGGUUUUCCCCGCUUCCCAGAACUGCUGCAGCUGCGAAGCGCUUCUAUGUAUCUGUGACGUGUCUACCUUGUAAGUUGUAAUGAACGUAAAACAAUGAUGAAUGUGUGAAUGCAUAUAGAAGAAUGUACCGAGAAAGAUUUUAUAUAAAUGAAAGUAUAUG